AGAAAGGGAUGGCGAGGGAGGGUGAGGAGGAGGAGGCGAGAGGGAGAGGCCGGUCCCCCCACCAGCGGAUGAAGCCCGAGUGGCUUCCACUCGCCUCCGCCGUCCAAUCUGAGCUCAGAGGAUUUCAAGGGAGGGGGCGAGAGAAAGAGGGAGAGGGAGGGAAGGAGGGAGAGAGAGAGGGAAGAAGAGAGGGAAGGAGGGGAUGCGGCCGGCGCCGGGCGAACUCCACGACUCCAGAGCUCAGGCGGCGCAGCGGAGGAGGAGGAGGAGGAAAGCUGGGCAUCCCACCCACUAAAAGCCAAGAGAGUGUCCCCAAAAGAGCCUGAGAUAGCAACCUGGGUGUCUCCAAAGAGGAAGCAGCGGUGAUCUCCAGCCAGCCAAGCGAAAGGAUCCCAUUUCCAGCUGCAAAGCGGGCGAUCCUCUAGUUCAGCUCAGCUUUUCCCUCCCUAGUCUUUUGUUUCUUGCUGUUUGAGGGGAAACAGCAACUCUGACUCUUUGGGCAUCUCCAAGCGGAGGCAGUUGUUGCCUCUCUCUCUCUUUCUCCAGUGAUUCAAGCCAAAAGGGUCCCAUCCUUGAAGAGCCAAGCGCACUCUCUACGACGACACGGGUGCUCUCUCCAGGCAAAGAAGUCCCAUCCCGAGGGAAUCAAAGCUCGGGUUGCUUCCCCCAUUUCUCCUCUUGUCUCUUGUUGAGUUGGUUUUCUGACAACCCUGUUCUUGGGACCGGAAUAGUGAGCGGAGCAGGAGGAGACGGAGCCCAAAGUGGGCGAGGAAGCAAGCCCAAAGGAGAAAAAGAGGAGGAGGAGGAAGAGGAAGCGGAGUCGGAGUGGGGCCGAGGAAGGGAAGGCCAUGCAUCGGGACCAAGGGAGGAUGGCCAGCAGGACCCGCUUGGCCUGGAGGGCAUCUGCGCGCUGAUCUCUCUCUCUCUCGGGCGCAGCCAAGGAGGGAAGGCUUGCUUUCUCCUCGCCCCACAAUGGGACUCCUCGCCUUGCAAGAGCAACUCAUCCUCCUCCUCUGCGCAAACUUCUUCCCGGCAUUCAGCCAUGUAGAAACUCGAGCCCAUGCUGAGGAACGCCUGCUGAAGAAACUGUUCUCUGGAUAUAACAAGUGGUCUCGGCCAGUUGCCAAUAUUUCUGAUGUGGUCAUUGUGCGGUUUGGAUUGUCCAUUGCACAGCUUAUAGAUGUUGAUGAAAAGAACCAAAUGAUGACCACGAAUGUGUGGGUGAAACAAGAGUGGCAUGAUUAUAAACUACGCUGGGAUCCUGAGGAAUAUGAAAACGUUACAUCAAUACGGAUUCCCUCUGAGCUCAUUUGGAGGCCAGACAUUGUUCUUUACAACAAUGCAGAUGGGGAUUUUGCAGUCACCCACCUCACCAAAGCCCACCUAUUCUAUGAUGGACGUAUCAAAUGGAUGCCACCAGCCAUUUACAAAAGCUCCUGCAGCAUUGAUGUGACCUUCUUCCCUUUUGACCAGCAAAACUGCACAAUGAAGUUUGGCUCAUGGACCUAUGAUAAGGCCAAGAUAGACCUGGAGAGCAUGCACCGCCAUGUGGACCAGCUGGACUACUGGGAGAGUGGAGAGUGGGUGAUCAUCAACGCUGUGGGCAACUACAACAUCAAGAAGUACGAGUGCUGCUCAGAGAUCUACCCUGACAUCACCUAUUCCUUCAUCAUCAGGCGGCUCCCUUUGUUUUACACCAUCAAUUUAAUCAUCCCAUGUCUACUCAUAUCUUGCUUGACAGUCUUAGUAUUCUAUUUGCCUUCGGAGUGCGGGGAGAAGAUCACUCUGUGCAUUUCAGUCCUGUUGUCCUUAACUGUCUUCCUUCUCCUCAUCACCGAGAUCAUCCCCUCCACCUCAUUGGUCAUCCCCUUGAUUGGAGAGUACUUGCUCUUCACCAUGAUCUUUGUCACCUUGUCCAUCAUCAUCACUGUCUUCGUGCUCAAUGUUCACCACCGCUCCCCCCGCACUCACACCAUGCCAGAUUGGGUGAGGAAAGUUUUUCUUGAUGUUGUCCCACGUCUUCUCUUCAUGAAACGCCCAACGACGGUCAAGGACAACUGCAAGAAACUCAUUGAGUCCAUGCACAAAAUAGCCAACUCACAACGGUUCUGGUCCGAGACUGAAGUGGAACCCAAAUUCACUACCUCAUCGUCCAAUAGCCCUCAGAGCAAUGAGCAAUCGCCCACAUCCUCUUUUUGCACCCAUCUUGAUGACCAGGCAAAGCUACCGCCCCCAGUGUGCAAGUCACCAUCUGGCCAGUACUCCAUGUUGCUUGCAGAGCCCAUUCGGGCCAGCUGCACAUCUCUGCAACCUCCUUGUCAUUCACAGGCAGACUCCCAAUCCAGCUCCAUUUCCAAAGUCAGAUCACUCAGUGUCCAGCAGAUGUACAGCAGCCCAGGGAAGGCAGAGGAAGGAACCAUACGCUGCCGAUCUAGGAGCAUCCAAUACUGCUACUUGCAAGAGGAGUCAUCCCAGACCAAUGGGCAAUCCAGUGGGUCACCAGCCUCCCCACGGUGCCAUCUUAAUGAGGAACAGGCCAAAACCAAACCCAUCCAUUGCAAAUGCAAAUGUAAAAAAAAUGAAUCAGCCAGCACAUCAGGGCAAGGGAGCAAGACUCUUGGCACCAAAGACCAGCAGGUAUUGCUGAUGUCACCAGCCUUGAAGUUAGCUGUGGAGGGUGUCCAUUAUAUUGCAGAUCACUUGCGAGCAGAAGAUGCAGAUUUUUCAGUGAAGGAGGACUGGAAGUAUGUUGCGAUGGUUAUCGACAGAAUCUUCCUCUGGAUGUUCAUCAUAGUCUGCUUGCUGGGGACAGUGGGCCUUUUCCUUCCCCCUUGGUUGGCUGGGAUGAUCUAGGGACAAAGCAACUCUGAAAAGGAUCCAGUGGCAUCCCAUUCAACUAAUCUCAGUCCACCUGGGAAGAGGCCAAGCUCAAUAUUGGAGACAACUGCUAUGAAUAACUAACCGUAACGUCUGCGCAUGAACUGUUCCCGGAAGCUCUGGGGAGGCCUUCCAAGGUUGCAUCACUUGCCUAAGCCAUCUUCAUCUUCUGUAUCUCUUGGGGAGGCGGGAGGGUGGGACGGGGGGAGGGCUGGUUAACUAAAGUUUUUUUUUCCAUAGCAUGGUGGCAUUUGUUGUCAUAUAUACUCCUAAGAACACAGCUGUGUUCCCUUAAAAUGAUAGUACCAAUAGGGCCACUAUCCUACAGACUCAGCCCCUAGCAAGUCAGCUGAGGAGAUAAAAUACCAGCUUGGUAUUCAGCUGAAGGCUGUUAGAAUCAAGCCAGUCUGAAUUAAGAACCUUAGACUGGUGUAUAUUACUGCAAUAUAUUUAUUGCAGUGAAGGUUGAGAUGGCAGCAUUUUGCUGUAGGAAGAACAUCUUGGUGGAAAUAAAAAAAAAU